GCACGCGAAAAUGGCGCUCGGGGCCAGCUCGGCAAUUUCCGGACAGAAAGACGCAGCAAGUCACCGACUACUUCAGCCAACUCGGCAGUUUCUGACCAUCGACAGGCUCGCGAGACGUGCCCGAGCGCAGCCGUAGCGGCCUCGAACGCUACUGGCACUCAAUUUUGUUUGGUUUUUUUUAUGGAAAUUGACAAAAGGCCCCGAAGGCACAAACCUCGGCGUUAUUAUUAGUCGGGGGCGGCAGCGCAUCGCUCCCCGAAACCUCGCCCUGGCCCCCUUCCUCCUCCGCCCAGGCAGGAGGAAGUGAAAGUUACACAGAUUUUGGCACAAGUGCGAUAUAUCGCGGGGCCCCGGCGGAGGGAGGCGGACUUCGCCGCAGCUCGCUCCGCUCUAGCCCGCACCAUCGGCAUCGGGCGUGCUGCCCGCUCCGCCGCGCUGUCCUCUUCUUCUCCUUCAUCCCCUCCUUUUUUCCCUCUCCGGCGGCCCUACGCGCACCGCGACAAAGGUAAAAGCUCUGCAAGUCUGCAAUAAAAAUGGCCUCCAAUAAAACUACAUUGCACAAAAUGGGAAAGAAACAGAAUGGCAAAGGUAAAAAAGUUGAAGAGGCAGAGCCUGAAGAAUUUGUUGUGGAGAAAGUCCUGGACAGACGUGUUGUAAAUGGAAAGGUGGAAUACUACUUGAAGUGGAAAGGAUUUACAGAUGCUGACAACACUUGGGAACCUGAAGAGAACUUAGAUUGUCCAGAGCUAAUUGAAGCUUUUCUGAACUCUCAGAAAGCUGGUAAAGAAAAAACAGAUGGUGCCAAAAGAAAAUCUUUGUCAGAUAGCGAAUCUGAUGAUAGUAAAUCAAAGAAAAAGCGUGAUUCUGUUGAUAAACCAAGAGGGUUUGCAAGGGGUCUUGAUCCUGAGCGGAUAAUUGGGGCUACGGAUAGCAGUGGAGAGCUUAUGUUCCUCAUGAAAUGGAAAGACUCUGAUGAGGCAGAUCUGGUGCUGGCCAAAGAAGCUAAUGUGAAGUGUCCUCAGAUCGUAAUCGCUUUUUAUGAAGAGCGGCUAACUUGGCAUUCAUGCCCAGAAGAUGAAGCACAAUAAUUGUUUGCAUUGCUUUUUUUAUAUAUAAAAAUAUUAAAGCCCAAAAUUUGAUUUAUUAGCAAUGUGAGAAGCAUACAUUCUAACAAGUUUCAAAUUUGAUAUUUUUUUGAAGUAGUAUGUUUUGCAUCAACAUCAAUAUAUAAAAAUAUUAAAACCCAAAAUUUGAUUUAUUAGCAAUGUGAGAAACAUACAUUCUAACAAGUUUCAAAUUUGGUAUUUUUUUGAAGUAGUAUGUUUUGCAUCAACAUCAAGUAAAUAAAAGCUUUCUGCAACUUGUUUCAUUUACCACAAGAGAGCAUUUGAUACUACUACUUCCUCCAUAUUAGGUAAAAGCUUUUAUAAAACAUUGAUGAGCUUCCUUAGUUAUUACAGAUUCAUGAGUGUCUAAACAAACUCACAGAUGUUUUGUAGUCUUCUAUACUAUUGAUGUGCAUGUAUCUUCUUUACCCAAACCUAGCCCUUUAAACCUGUAAGGUCAUUCUUUUUAGUAUUCGGGAUCACUUGGUCUUAAGAAGACCAGGUGAAAACUAACUUUGUAGUAAUUUGAAUGUUAUCAGACUGUAUAUUGUUUACUUUAUUGUAAAUACUGGUGAGCAGUGGUCAAUAAAAUAGUUUUAUAUUCUUCCUUUAUACUGAUAGGCUGUGACUCUUUUGAAGAGGAGUAUUUCUCAACUUUUGAUAUGUUAAACUCCAUUUGUAAUAUAUUUAACUGUAAGUUGUUCUCUUGGGGGGUAGGUUGAUAAUUAAUAUUACCCCACUGCUACUCUUAUCACAAUACCAGACAAGUACCAGGCUUUGAUUAUCUGCUGGGGGGGGUUUGUGAAUACUGCCUGAGACACGGGGUUUUUUUAGUCAGGAAGGGCCUGUAACGUUAAUAUGCUUUGGGUACUCCUGUAAGUCACAGAUUGCAACCACACAACUUAGGUAAAGCAGUUGGUCACAAGGCCAAGUAGCCUGUGCAAGCAUACUAGGAAAUAUUUGACAUGUAUUGACAGUAUUAGUCCUUGCUUUAUCUUCAGUUCUUAAUAAGAGGCUAUAGUGUACUCUAGGGCUGGUUCAGAUGGAAUUAUUCUUCAGGCCAUCACCUCAGGAAUACUUGCAUAGCUCAGCUUUUAAAGUGGAACAUUUAAAUGAACAUACUUAAGUCAUAUACCUGGAGCAAAAGACUUUCUUUCUAUUUCAGAUUGAAUUUUGAAAUCAGUCCUGUAAUCAGCUGCUUGGAUAAUACCUUCAGAAGGGCAGAAAUAAAGGGUGGGAAGCCCUGGAAGAGUAGAGUUGCCAUUCAUCUUUUCACUUCCCUUUAUUUAAACACCAUCUUUGUGUUUUGACUACCAUAGUAUAGUUUGCCUUAAGAUGUGUUCAUAUGUCAGUUGGCCAUGAUUAUUUCAGAAUUAUCCUUAAUUUAAGGUUUUGACUAAAAAAAAUAUAAUCCUGUAGUACACUGUCGGUGAACUCCUAGAAUGUAUUUGGGUUGAAAGGCACCAUGAAGAUCAUCUAGUUCCACCCUGCCUACCAUAGGGAGGAACACCUUUCACUAGACCAGGUUACUCAGAGUCCCAUCAACCUGGCCUUGAACACUUCCAGGGAUGGGUUGUCAACAACUUCUCUGGCCAACCUGUUCCAGUGGCUCACCACCCUCAGAGUAAAACAUUUCUUCCCAUAAUAUGUAACCUAACACUACUCGUGGUUUGAAGCCUUUUCCCCUUGUCCUGUCAAUACAUGCCUUUGUAAUUCCUCUCCAGCCUUGUUGUAAAUCUCCUUUAGGUCCUGGAAAGUUCUUUUAAGUCUCAUUGGAGCCUUCUCUUCUCCAGGCUUAACAAUCCCAACUUUCUCAGCCUUUCUUCACAGGAGAGGUGCUUACAACCCUCUGAUAUCUUUGUGGCCCUUCUCGAAGGUGAGACAGUUGGGAUUGCCUGGGUAUGUUUUUUCAGAAAAUAAAAAAGAGAUAUUCCUGGAAAUCCUCAUAUAGUGUGCAUAGCCUGAAGAGUGAAGGAAGGAAUCCAGUCUGUGCUUAAUGUACUGUUUCACAAAUCAUUACUAUAAUUUGUCCUUUCAACAGUUUCAAAAGCCAGUUAUAUUGUGAUACAAAGCCUGCCACCAUAGUACACCUACUUAUAGUUAAACAGCAGUGGCUAAAUUUGCUAUGUGAACUUUUUCCUAAAGAUCUUUUAUUACAGGCUUUGGGCAGAAUUCAGUCUCUUAUUUGUGGCUCUAGGAAAAAUCUGAUAUCCCUGUUAACAUGGGGCUCCCUUGCACCAGGUAAUGAUAAUUUCAGCACUUAACUAACCUCACUUGCCUAUUCCUUAGACAAAUCACCCUGACUUCAUCACAUUUAAGACUUCUACAGAGUUCAUGGCUUAGUUUUUGGGAAGCCUGUAAUAGGAAUAUUUAUACACCUAGUAUAUAGGAUUCUGAAAUCCUUGCUUUUUUAUCCAGUAGCUUGAUACAUACAUGGGCUAAAGAGGAAUUUCAAAGCAGCUUGUAUUCUCCUGUCAGUUUCUUCAGUAUGGAGUACUUUGUAAAGAGUCUUAAAACUUCCUGUACUAGUUGCAUUUUACUGCCUGAAAUUUUGCAGUUUCUGUAACACAUUUCAAGUGUGGAUAUCAAGUCUGUGUGAAGUUGCUGAUUUGAUGCAAUACAGGUUAAACAGUUGUUUUUAAUUAUUGGUUAUUGUUAGUGGUAGACAAAGAUUUUUGUUGAGAGGUUGGUUCUCAAUUUGUAACCCUUAAAAUACAGAUUUGUAACUAUAUACAGCUUUUUACAUUAUAUUUGGUUCUCCUGACAAUAAAAAUACACUGAAUUCACUUUUAAACAACUUUGCAGCUUGUUAGACAGUUCUUUAGAUUGCUGAUUUUUUUAUGUUAUGAUGGUAAAUAUGCUGAUUGAUAUUUGUUUCCUUUUUUUUCCUCCUCACUUUGUGUCAAAAUCGGUUUUGCUAGUAAUGAAAUGCAACACUUUAAAGUUACAAGUUAUGUAAAGUUAUGCUGAAUGUGCUGCAUACAUAGGCAAAAAGUUAACAAAUGUUAUUAAUUCAAAAUUAACUGAUUCAAUAAAUGAGAUAUCUUCUGUA